CCUCGACGCGUCCCAGUCGCGUCCGUGCGUUCGCGUUCGCGCUACCAUCGACUGCCGAAUCUUCCCCGACGCGCUGUGCUCGAGACAAUGAAACGUGCUCCGGACGCUGACGCUCCGGCUCCCGCCAAACGCAGGCGUGCCUCGCCUAAACGCGGCGAUGACCUCUCAAGCGACGCAACAUUCUCCGACACCAGCUACGAGUCAAGCGGAGAGGACAUUCUUCGUGACGGAUUGCGCCCUGAUCGAUACGUCUCCGGGACUGUACACAUGAGGUGGCCACCUGUAGGUAACCGCAUGAUGCUCAUCCUGAAGACAUCCACUGGGUUGAAAGUCGGCAUCACGUUCACGGGCAAGUGCGCUCCAUACUUCGCAUCGCUCGCAUGCGACUUCCGCGACCAAGUGAAGAUUCGAAGUCACGGUGCCGCGAUCACGCAAACGGAGCAGAAUGUCUCACUGUCUCUCCUCUACGAACGAGGCGCGUCGUUAAUGUUCGUCAAAACGCGUAACAACGCACGGGAUGGCCAAGUCGUUGACACGUGGAGUCUCGACAAGGACUUCGUGCAGCCGUCGCAGGUCAACGGCGAUGAUUGGUACAGCACUCCACGGCCAGGGCUACAGCCCACCGAUAUUGUGGGCCACAAUGAUGCUAUGAAUGCUGAAGCAAUCAUUCCCAGAAAAGGGGCGAAUGACGACACCGUUGCUCCGUCUCGCGAAGUGGUCACGUCGCGCCUGGCUGCUUCCACUAGUGGGUUUUCACCUUCUGUGCAGCUCGCAGCCACUAGGAGGUCUACUUCUACUGUCAAACCAGUACAACCCAGCGCCAACGCCAAAGUAGAAGUCGAUGCACGUAGUGCUGCCGACAAAUCGAGCAGUAGAUCUGACGGAGCUACCGCAGUUACUUCUGGAGCGUUGCCAUCAAAGGAUAGCCCAAGGCCUGAGGCAGGCACAGCGCAACCUCCUCCAACCGGGAAUGUUCCUCGGCCUGAUAAACUGGCUUCCAAAGUAGCCUCGCGCGAUGCUUUCAACGGCCCCUCGCGGCCAGCAGAGAAUCAAUCACACCAAAAGGACAAUGCGACGGCUCCCUUCAGCAAAAAGGCAGAGAAGGCGCGUCUACGCAAGCUCAAGAAGCAAUCGCGAGCAUCUGGUCAGGAACAGCCGCAAGCACAGUCUGAAAGGUCUUCGCCAUCUUCGACUACGCGGCCAAGUCAUGGUUCUUCGGGAAGUGCUCCUCCACAGAUAGAUAUUGCUCAAGCGCAGCCAGUAGAGCCUACCGGCGAACGGCAAGCUAUCCCCAUGAAGGCUACAGAAACUAAACGACCAGUCAGGGAGGGAAAGCCAAGGAGCACUUCCACCAUGCCAGAACCCUCUGUCCUUAAUCGUGCUGGCACUGCAGCUCUUCAAGAAGCUGCGAUAACGCGCGGUCCUUCAGAACAAGGUCCUAGCACCCCCAAAUCGAAGCCUCUGGAACUGUCCCCCAGAUCGGUGCCCUCAGUCGCCUCUACCCGUGUUACCCCAAAGAGAGAAACCGCGGAUGCUUCGCCACUGUACCGCGUGGGGUUCCGCAGUGAAUACGCAUAUUACACGCCCCUGGCUAAAGUAGAGUCCAGAGGCAAGAUGUAUAACAUUGCUGCCGUUGUCACUUCCGCGGGGUUAAUCUCGCAAACCUACACCGGCGAGUCUAAGGCUGCGCUGAGUCUGACGGACCCGUCUGUACAUGAAAUCAAUGAUUUCCCGGUGAAUCUGUUCGCCAAGGGAGCUGACCAACUACCGGAGCCCGCACGAGGAGAUAUACUUUUGAUGCGGGGUAUCCUGGGUGAUUAUUAUGGGCGGAAAUGUGGGACCGCUCCGUCGUACAAGGCAUGGUCAUGGGCUAUUGUCGACCCACGCGCGCGGGAGUCGAUACGGAAGAAAGGAGAUAUCAACUUCCAGCCUACUCCGUCCGAGUUGCAGCAUUGCGCCGGACUCGGCGAGUGGUGGACAUCCGUCGCCCCUGUACAAGACCUUGGGGUUAUACACCAAAUCAGGCCGAUACGUACGGGCAGGAUACAUCGUCUUAUCAGUGAAGCAUCCCCGACUUGUGAGCCAGACGGUUACUUCGAUUGCACCGUAGAGGUUUUGUACGGCCACGCGAACAACAACGGUAUCUACAGUCUCUACGUGACGGACUACACGCAGAACCCCGCGAUGGUGCCCCUAGAGAGAGACUGGUGUCCGCCUAUGCUCUCCGAUAAGGUCCUCAAGAUGGAGCUCUUCCUCGAAGCCGCGAUCAAGGGGCCGGAGCUCAAGGCGGGCGGAUACUACUUCAUCGGCAACUGUCGCAUGAAGACGAGUACCGGAGGUCAGUUAGAGGCUACGUUCUCGCAGGUGAACAAGAUGCGCAAGCUGGAUGACGACGCCCUCGAAGAUGAGCCCCGAUUGGCUGCGUUAUUGCAACGCAAAGCGGAGUGGCAGGCGAAAGUCGAAGCCAAUGGCGGCGCGCACGAGUUUCCUCAUUUGCUCUUCGAAGAGACGGAGGAGAACAAGCAUUUUCGCUGCACGGCAGAGGUGCUGUUCGUAUCUACAAAGGACACAUCGUGCUACUUGUACGUCACGGACUACACGCGUCGUGAAGAUCUGGCCCCCGUCGCACCCACCGUGCCCCGAGCGCUCCAACUCAAGGACCGUAUUGUCAAGAUCGCUCUGCAUGAUGAUCAAGCGGAGACAGGAAAGCAGCUAGAAGCGGGCGACUUCGUUGCUAUUCGUAAUCUGCGCCUGAGGCCUACUGGGUCGGAAAAGAAGCUGACAGGACGGCUGGGAGGGAGCCAGAGACUGUUGAGCAAGUUGCAAGUGAACAGCCCGAACGACCAUGAGCUGAAGGUGCUAGUCAUGCGCAAAGAGGAGUUUGAGUCGAAGAAGAAUGCCACGCAUGCUGCGAAAGGAGGCCCCGAGGGCAGCAAACGCAAGAAGAAGGCCAAUAGCAUUCCCGAGAAGCCAAUCGCCCCCGAGACCGGGGGGACAACUGUUUCGCCUCCGCCUGCAAGACCUGCCGACGCUUCCUGCCCUGCACCAACCGAACUAGUAGAGAACAGCAGCAUCAAAGCAGUCAAGGAGAAGACUAUUUGUCCCAACAAAUUCCGCGUUCGCGCGCGGAUUGUCGACUUCUAUCCCCCGGAAAUAUCGAAGUUUACGACGCGAAAAUGUACACAAUGUCAAGACGAGAGGUCGUCCACUCAGCGCGUUUGUCCCGUCUGCGACGAUGCAAUGGAUCCCGACAACAAGACGUCAGUUCGUUCAUACUGGUACUUCGCGCUUGAAGUACAGGAUGAAGAGGAAGAACGCUUGCAGAUUUUCUCCUGCGACGAUCAGUGCUCAAUCCUGAAGGGUUUGGACCCGGCAGACUUGGAGGGAGAUGACAGGACCGUACAGGAACUUGCGGACCGUCUUCGACCUCUUUGUGGAGGCCUUCUUGAGAUUCGCGCAGGAGUGCCGCAACGACGAGCGCAGGAGCUGCCUUUCGAGAGUCCCUGGCUAUCCUUGGUGCUUGGCAGUUACGCGUCAGGGGACGAGGAUGAUCCUUCUGCCAGACAGUACAUACUUCUGGAAUGUACCGUGGCUGCAUAGUAUUCUGCUACAUACCAAUGCCUCUACGCUGCCCUCUCC